AUGAAUGAACCUAUUGAAAAUGACACUAAUAUAAUCCCUUAUGACUUCGAAUUCCCAAUUAACCAAGCGGAAGAAGGUGAUGAGGACGAUUGCGAACUACCAGAAGAGUUAGCAAGAUUGCUGAAGCAGGAGGACAAAGAAACUCAAUGUCAUCGGGAACCAGUGGAUGUGAUCAAUCUGGGGACUGAAGAAAACAAGAAAAAAGUUAAUGUCGGCGCUUCCUUGAAAGAUGAAGUCAAGAAAAGGUUGAUCGAGCUCUUACAUGAAUACUCAGAUGUGUUUGCCUGGUCAUACCAGGAUAUGCCAGGGUUAGACACGGACAUAGUCGUACACAAAUUUUCACUCAAACCAGAAUGCCUGCCAGUUAAGCAAAAAUUGAGAAGAACCAGACCAGACAUGUCUCUAAAAAUCAGGGAAGAGGUCAGAAAACAACUCGAUGCUGGGUUCUUAGCUGUUGUAAAAUAUCCAGAAUGGAUGGCUAACAUAGUUCAUGUUCCAAAGAAAGACGGCAAGGUUAGAACGUGUGUAGAUUAUCGGGAUUUGAAUAGAGCGAGUCCUAAGGACAAUUUUCCACUACCGCACAUCGACGUACUUGUAGAUAACACCGCUCAGUUCUCACUCUUCUCUUUCAUGGAUGGAUUCUCGGGUUAUAACCAAAUAAAAAUGGAUCCUACAGACAUGGAGAAAACCACGUUUAUCACUCCUUGGGGCACCUUCUGUUAUAAGGUAAUGCCUUUCGGAUUGAAAAAUAUUGGGGCAACAUACCAAUGGGCCAUGGUAACCAUAUUCCAUGAUAUGAUCCAUAAAGAAAUAGAAGUCUACGUUGACGAUAUGAUUGCCAAAUUACAGACUGAAGAGGAUCACAUAGUCAACCUACAAAAACUUUUUUAUCAUCUAAGAAAGUUCAAGUUACGUCUGAAUCCAGCAAAAUGUACUUUUGGGGUCAGAUCAGGAAAGUUACUAGGGUUCAUAGUCAGCCAGAGGGGACUUGAAGUCGAUCCCGAUAAAGUGAAAGAUAUCCAAGAGAUUCCAUCCCCAAGGACGGAAAAGGAGGUUCGAGGAUUUCUAGGGAGAUUGAAUUACAUUGCUAGGUUCAUCUCACAUCUUACAACUACAUUUGAACCAAUCUUCAAGUUACUCAGGAAAAAUCAAGCCAUCAAGUGGAACGAAGAUUGUCAAAAAGCCUUCGACAAAAUCAAGGAAUACCUGCAAGAGCCACCUAUCUUGGUACCACCAGUCCCUGGGAGACCACUUAUAAUGUACCUAACUGUACUUGAUAACUCUAUGGGAUGCGUACUGGGACAACAAGAUGAGACUGGAAAAAGGGAGCACGCAAUCUACUACCUAAGUAAGAAAUUUACCAAUUGUGAAUCGCGAUAUUCACUCUUAGAUAAGACUUGUUAUGCCCUAGUGUGGGCUGCUCGGCGGCUUAGACAAUAUAUGGUGUGUCAUACCACUCUAUUGAUAUCCCGAAUGGAUCCUAUCAAGUAUAUUUUCAAGAAGCCUGCAGUAACUGGGAGAAUAGCCCGAUGGCAAAUGUUACUAACCGAAUACGACAUCCAGUAUGUCACACAAAAGGCCAUAAAAGGAAGUGUGUUAGCAAAUUAUCUCGCACAUCAUCCAACAGAAGAUUAUCACCCUAUACCGUUUGACUUUCCUGACGAAGAUAUUAUGGUAAUAAGGGAUUGCGAGACCCCAGGUCCCGAUGAAGGACCUGAACCAGGAUCACGAUGGAAAUUGGUAUUUGAUGGUGCUUCAAAUGCAACCGGACAUGGAAUCGGAGCUGUCAUAACCUCCCCAACAGGGUACGAUAUUCCUUUUACUGCUAGGUUAUGUUUCACCUGUACGAACAACAUGGCAGAGUAUGAGGCGUGCAUCCUAGGGAUUAACGAAGCCGUCGACUUAAGAAUCAAGAUUCUAGAGGUAUAUGGAGAUUCAACUCUUGUUAUCAAUCAAAUCAAGGGAGAAUGGGGGACUCAUAAUGCUAAGUUGAUCCGGUACCGAGACCACGUCCGGAAGAUGAUCACUUACUUUAAUGAAAUUACCUUCAAUUAUAUUCCUCGAGAAGAGAAUCAACUAGCGGAUGCCUUGGCCACAUUAUCGUCCAUGUUCAAGGUCAAGUGGUAUAAUGAGGCGCCAGCUAUAAGAAUUCACCGGUUGGAUGAGCCUGCCUAUUGCGUAGUCGUAGAGGCAGAAGGAGAUAAUAAACCAUGGUUUCAUGACAUCAAAAAAUUUCUUCAGAAACAAGAAUAUCCCACAAACGCCUCAAGCGGUGAUAAGAAGACACUCAGGAGAUUGGCUUCCCAAUUCCUCCUUAAUGGGGAGGUGCCACCUACUCCCUUAAAUGUCUUGAUCGCUCCAUGGUCGUUUUCCAUGUGGGGUAUAGACAUAAUCGGGAUGAUUGAGCCCAAAGCUGCAAAUGGACACCGAUUCAUUCUGGUUGCUAUCGACUACUUCACCAAAUGGGUGGAAGCUACUUCUUACACCAACGUGACAAGACAAGUGAUUGCACGAUUCAUCAAGAAGGAAAUCAUAUGUCGGCACGGGGUUCCAAACAAAAUUAUCACAGAUAAUGGUUUGAACCUAAAUAAUAAAGUGAUGGAUGAGUUAUGCGAGAGCUUCAAAAUUGAACACCAUAAUUCAUCACCCUAUCGACCAAAGAUGAACGACGCAGUAGAAGCGGACAACAAGAAUAUCAAAAAAAUUAUGCAGAAGAUGGUGAAGACCUACAAAGACUGGCAUGAGAUGCUUCCUUUUGCACUACAUGGCUACAGAACUUCCGUCCGCACCUCAACAGGAGCAACUCCCUUCUCUUUAGUAUAUGGUACCGAAGCUAUACUCCCUGUCGAAGUUGAAAUCCCUUCAUUAAGAGUUCUGAUGGAGACCAAGCUAGAUGAAGUGGAAUGGGUGCAAACCAGGUUCGACCAACUAAACCUCAUAGAAGAGAAGCGCAUGACUGCAAUAUGUCACGGGCAACUGUAUCAACGAAGGCUCAAGAAAGCAUUCGAUAAGAAAGUUCAUCCUCGAUACUUUGAAGAAGGUGAUCUAGUUCUUAUGAAAGUCCUACCCAUCCAUAAAGAUCCCCAUGGCAAAUGGACCCCAAACUACGAGGGACCAUAUGUCGUGAAGAAGGCCUUCUCUGGAGGAGCUCUGACUCUCAUGACUAUGGAUGAGCUGAGUUACCACGAGCCAUAA